GGAAACUGUUCUCCCAACUUACAAAAUGGCAGCCAGUGAUACUGCGGCGGAUGACUCUCUUUAUCCAAUUGCUGUUUUAAUCGAUGAGUUAAGAAAUGAAGAUGUUCAGCUUCGGUUGAACAGCAUUAAGAAGCUGUCAACCAUUGCCCUCGCACUCGGAGUAGAAAGAACCAGGAGUGAACUGAUCCCAUUUCUUACUGAUACCAUAUAUGAUGAGGAUGAGGUACUUUUGGCACUUGCCGAACAGCUGGGCAGCUUCACUCCGUUUGUUGGCGGGCCUGAGUUUGUGCAUUGCUUGCUGCCUCCACUGGAGAGCUUGGCAACAGUUGAGGAGACAGUGGUCAGGGACAAGGCAGUGGAAUCGCUGCGAACCAUAGCAGCUCAGCAUUCUGUCACAGAUCUAGAGGCCCACUUUGUGCCGCUAGUCAAGCGACUAUCUGGAGGUGAUUGGUUCACGUCACGCACAUCUGCCUGUGGCCUGUUCAGCGUGUGCUACCAGCGCGUAUCUACUGCCCUGAAGAUCGAACUCAGAACUCAAUUCCGCAACUUAUGUGGCGAUGACACACCGAUGGUGCGUCGAGCAGCGGCUUCUAAGAUCGGCGAGUUUGCAAAAGUGGUGGAAGUUGAACACUUAAAGGCUGACCUCAUCCCAAUGUUCCUGAACCUAGCCCAGGAUGAACAGGACUCGGUGAGGUUGCUGGCGGUAGAGGCGUCCGUCUCGAUCGCGAGUCUGCUCGCUCACGACGACACCGAGCAGCUGAUCAUGCCCACCGUGCGCCAGGCCGCCGAGGACAAGUCCUGGAGAGUGCGAUACAUGGUCGCCGACAAGUUCACGGAGCUACAAACUGCAGUAGGGCCCGAGACAACUAAGACCGACUUGGUGCAGGCAUUCCAAGGGCUGCUCAAGGACUGUGAGGCAGAGGUCAGAGCUGCCGCAGCUCACAAGGUCAAAGAAGGAACUCGUGUCCGACGCCAAUCAGCACGUGAAGUCGGCUCUCGCGUCUGUCGUCAUGGGGCUGUCACCAAUCCUGGGAAAGGAUAACACCAUCGAGCAUCUGCUGCCGCUGUUCCUUGCCCAGCUGAAGGAUGAGUGCCCAGAAGUGCGACUAAACAUCAUUUCCAACCUCGACUGUGUCAACGAGGUUUUGGCAGAGCCUUGUGGAGCGGACAUCACAGCCAAGCUGAUGCUACCCGUUAUAGUCAGCAUGGCCGCCGAUCCAGUCGCCAACGUUCGCUUCAACGUUGCCAAGACUUUACAGAAAAUCGGCCACAUAUUCGAAAAAUCUGUGAUUCAGACACAGAUCAAGCCAGUGCUAGACAAAUUGGCUGCUGAUAUUGAUGCAGAUGUCAAAUUUUUUGCUUCCGAAGCCCAGAAUGUCAUCAACAAACUGGUCGCCUGAGAAGUCUUCACUAAUUACAUAUACCGGUUAAACACUCGAAUCUUCAUGCAGCCACACUGGCUGUCGUCAUCACUCUGUCUAUAAGUGGAAUUAUAUUCAUAUAAGUGUUGUGAAAGCGCACCCAUAUAUCGUGACAUAGGAUAUCGGUGGAAUGUCACGAUAUACACCCAUAUAUCGUGACAUAGGAUAUCGGUGGAAUGUCACGAUAUACACCCAUAUAUCGUGACAUAGGAUAUCGGCGGUAUGUCAUGAUAUACACCCAUAUAUCGUGACAUAGGAUAUCGGUGGAAUGUCACGAUAUACACCCAUAUAUCGUGACAUAGGAUAUCGGUGGAAUGUCGCGAUAUGUAACUGUGCUUUCACAACACUACAGAGGUGCCUGUGCGCAAUGUCGUCUUCAUGUUUCCCUUAAAGUUUAAACCUUAUACUCUCUCUAUACGCGGUAAACUCGAGUUUUCGGCUGCAGCUUUGGUGUGAUAACUGCCCUAUAACAUUAUUUAGGCGUUUCUUACUUGGAUCAUGGUUACGGUGGCAGUUACUCUGCGCUAUUGCACCUGUGCUUUCCAACCUAAUAGAAGGACAGAAAGACAGACUUGACCUGUAUGGUGUAAUGUUACUUGGCUACGCGCAGUGACUGACUGUGUCCAGUUAUUAUAUGAUUUAGCCUUGCUGAAUGUAGGCGUGAUUCAGUGCUGUGUGUCACUGGUGAGCACAUAUUCACAACUUCGUUCUUUCAUUCUCUUGCCUGUUCAUUGCAAAUAUGUCACCUCUUGUGAUCGGGGGAUACUGAUGUCUCGCUUUGUUUUUCGUAAUUAAUCAAGCAAUGCGUUUAUUCACCCUCCAGCUGCAGUUAAGUAUCAUUAGAGAAAAUUGAUUCACGUAACACUGAAUAAGAAACAGAAUGGCUGGAGGCUUAAGGUGAAUGUGAAUUUAUAUUGCUAAAUUUGAGUGAACGUUUUAGAAUCCUUACUUCGUAAUGAGCUGCUUAAUUAAAAACACGUUUGACUUGAGCUAACCGAUGUCAGGCAAUGCUUAAACCACUUAGAAGACAAGUGUAAAAUGACAGGAAACCCGUGUGUAUUUAUUGUUGUUGAUUGAAAUGUUUAUUGUAGCAGUCUCACCAGACAGAGUAACACCGUCGCUCCUGUUACCUGGCUGUACACCUGACUGCCUGCGUAUUCACUAGGUUGUAUUGCACUUCCUUGUAGAUAAAUGCUACCGUAUAGAUAAACCUGUCUCACUCUUGUGCUUUGCAUCGCAUAUAUACCCUCACCCCAACUCCCUGUGUGUAAACCCCUUCCUUUUGCGCUACCCUUCCACUGGUGCAAAUUUAGCAAAGCAAUUUACAUGUGUUUAUCUAUUCUGUAGCAUUUCUUUACAGUAGUAUUCAACUUGAAGAAUAUUAAAACUGGUUUCCUACAGAACUGUGAGAGCUCUUGAUUAAUCCUCAAGUAUAACAGUAGUACAUAUGUAUCCUUAAGUAAUUGAACUCUCUCGACAUUCGACCCCCAUUUAAAUCACCUGGUAACCAUUGCUAAAUGUCUUAGCAUGACACUGUAUAUGUGAUCAAUUCAAUUGUUGUCUAAGUUCAUCACUGAAAAAUGGUAAAUAAAAAGUGAAUGUUAGAAUUAGGCAA